AAUGACCAAGCAAAGUUUGUGUUCGUUAGGUGCUGCGGUAGUUUACUUACUCCUUAGACGAUUGCUGCGGUAGUUUACUGCUGGGAGUCUGGAGUGUGAAGUACAAACAUCUCAACAUCUGUAGUGGUGUAAAAUAAUGGCACUGAAUUGCAGAUCGUAUAUUAUUGCUUUUCGAAAUGCUGCCAGGACUUUUGGCACAUCACCUGGAUGGCAGAGCGAAGCAGUAGCGGUACCCCAAAGCUUGGCAGCACCACUCAUCCUAGAUGAAAAUUUCAAUAUUGACAGGAAAGUUGUAGAAAAACGUGAAGCAUGGAUAGAAACCCUAGAUACAAGUGCACCUAGUCAUCAAGUGGGCCUCAUACACCUACAUCCAAAAGUGUUUGCUGAUUACCCAAGGCUAGACAUUAUCCAUGAAAAUGCAGUAUGGCAGCAAAAAUUUCGUAUGGUGAAUACCGCACAUACCAAGUUACGAUCAGAAGUAAGAGGAGGGGGCAAGAAGCCUCAUCCCCAAAAAGGAUUAGGGAGAGCAAGACAUGGUUCUAUCAGGUCUCCCUUGUGGGUUGGUGGUGGUCGGGCACAUGGCCCAAGAGCAUUUACCACACAGUUCUACAUGCUACCAUUUGCAAAAAGAAUAAGAGGGCUUACUUCAACAUUAUCUGCUAAAUUUUCACAGGAUGAUCUCAAGAUUGUAGAAAACCUGGAUUUGCCAUCAGAUGAAGCUGGGUACUUGGAGAAGUUAUGCGAAGAACGCUGCUGGGGUCCAUCAGUUUUAUUUGUGGAUGACACUGAUCUGAUGCCACGCAAUAUAACCAUUGCUACUGAUACCAUACAACAUGUUAAUCUUAUGCCAGUUUAUGGCCUCAAUGUUCACAGUAUGCUGAAACAUGAAACUCUAGUGCUGACCGUUUCUGCUGCUCGACGUAUUGAGGAAAGAUUAUUAUAUCAUCUCAACAGACCAGAUUUUUAUAAAAUGAAUAAUGAAAGGUUCAAGAAAUAAGAAUAAUUACUUCAUGAUUGUUUUUUCUUCUCUACAAAAUGGGAAGAAUGUCCAUAUUCUUACAAAUUAAUAUUUAGAUUUGUUAUAAAUUUAAGUAAAUUUAAAUUUCAUUGAAGUAAAAAACACUUAAAAAAAACUAGUGAUAUAAUUGUAAAUGAGCCUGUUUUCAAAACCUAUAAUUUUUACUGUUAAAGAAAUUAACAUAUUGGUAAAUUUCACAUUUUGUUUAAAUAACAACUAUACUGUACAAUUAUAGAGUACAGUAUACUGUAUAUUUAUUUUGAUUCCCGAUGGUAAAUUUCCUUUUCAUUUUUAGUUUAUAUUGUAUAUUGUGGAUAAAGUCAAUAAAUUAAUGCAUUUGUUGUGUGAUAUAUCUGUACUAUAACUUAAUUGUACGGUUUUAGCAUUAUCCCAAGAGGCAAGAAACUAUGUUUAUUAGACACUAGUAAACUGUACUGUAGAAGUAAUUGCAGGGGGAUCUUGUAUUGUACAAAUACAGUCAUAACUUUUUAUCUUUCCUAAGUUGUAUCGCAUUGAACAAAAUAAAGCAGAGUGAUAGAAAUUCA